AUGGGGAUGAAAAGAGAAGCUGUUCAAGAGGAAAGACAAAGUUCAAGAACAGAUCUAACAAAAGUACUAACCAGUGGUGGACAACGGCAUAUUACCACAAGUCAAAUGGAAGCGGAAAGUACGAGUACUUAUGGCGGUCUUGAGAUUCAACUUGAAAGGAUUGCUGCAGCUGAAGAAGCUUCAGAAGUACUUUUCAGUAACAUUAAGAUCGAAUCAAGUGAUAUUAAUAGUUGUGAAUCAUUGGAAUGGCAAAUGAUACGAAUGGUUGAAUGGGCUUUAAUGUUACCAUCAUUUAAUGAAAUUUUAGUAGAAGAUCAAGCUCGAUUAAUAAGAUUUGGAUGGCAUGAAUUAAUUCUUGCCGAUAUAGCUUAUCGUUCUACAAUAAAUAAAUUAUUACUGUGGCCGGAACGUGUAAUGGAACGAAAUGAUGCGGAGAUUCUUGGCUGCCGGAUCAUUUUCGAUCGAAUCAUCAAUGAGCUUAUAAUUCGGAUGAAAGAUUUAAAUGUGGAUCGAAUGGAAAUUGCCGCAUUACGCUGCGCUAUUCUUUAUAAUCCAAGUGUUAGUGGAUUGCAAAAUGUCUCAGUGAUAGAAUCAUUACGCGACAAAGUGAUGGUAUGUUUGGAGGAUUACUGUCGACAACAUCAUCCAACACAAACUCAACGCUUUGCUAAGUUAUUAUUACGCAUGCCAGCAUUACGAUCUCUUAGCUUGCAUUGUGCUGAAAAUGAUAGUUUUAUUAUUACUGCACCUACUAUUCAGGAUCUUAUUAGAGUAUUAAUUCAGCGCCAAAAUUUAUCCAUACAAAGAAAUCUGUGA